GGGACACAGACGAGUUAGGUGAGUUCCAGUCCAGCAGAGUGAGUUACCUGCGUGGUGGCUGCUGCAGGCUGGGCUCUAACCAGGGAACGUGGCCGUCGGUGCUUGACAGACAGGGACAAGAGCAUUUGGAAAGGAAAGAUAGCUUCUUGCUUGACUCACGUUGGGAGAGACACAGUAAAAGAACAAAAGCUAGGCUGCUCCAAUCAAAACUGAAAAUGUGUUUCAUGUCCGAGAAAUUUGGAGAGGACUGAUUGAAGUAGACAAGAUGACUGGGUGGCUGGUGCCUCUAACAAGUAUUGAAGUACUCCUCCUGGCAGUGUCUUCUCUGAGCAUCCAUGUUGAACCUAAAGAAGGCAGCCUCGCAGGCGGGACUUGGCUCACAGUCAUUUUCGAUGAUUUCGAGGCUAGUCUCCUUUAUCCUGCCAAUGGCUCUCAGCUGGAGAUCCACCUGGUGAACGUGGCUGCGCCUGCACUGCCCAGCGUCCCCUGUGACCUCGCUCCCGUCUUCCUGGCUUUGCCGGCAGUGAUGUGCAGGACCAGACCUCUGCUGUCCGAAGCACACGAGGGCCUGUACUACCUGGAAGUGCGCUCGGGGGCACAGGUGGUAGGCAGCCCAAGGCCAGGACCACAAGACAGCGGCACGUUCAAGUUUUCCAGGGCACAGACACCCAUUGUUUACCAAGUUCAUCCACCAAGUGGAGUUCCAGGAAAGCUGAUACAGGUGUAUGGCUGGAUUAUCUCUGGAAGCUCGGAAACCUUGGAUUUGGACGCUGAGUACAUUGACAGCCCACUGAUUUUGGAAGCUCACGGAGACCAGUGGGUCACUCCUUGCUCUCUCGUAAACAGGAAGACAGGACGCUGUUAUCCUAUUCAGGAAGACCAUGGUCUUGGGACUCUGCAGUGCCGUGUGGAAGGCAACUACAUCGGCUCCCAGAAUGUUAGUUUCUCAGUAUUUAACAGAGGAAAGUCCACGGUGCACAAGAAUGCGUGGCUGGUCAGCGCCAAGCAGGACCUUUUCCUUUACCAGACGUACUCAGAAAUCCUAUCUGUGUUUCCAGCAACUGGGAGCCUUGGAGGAGGAACAGACAUCACAAUUACAGGAGACUUCUUUGACAAUCCUGUCCGGGUUACCAUCGCAGGAAUUCCGUGUGACGUCAGACACGUGUCUCCCAGGAGGAUUGAGUGCACCACCAGGGCUCCGGGAACAGGUGCCCGGCUCUCUGCUCCUCAGGCAGGCAAUCGAGGGCUUCUUUUUGAAGUUGGAGAUGCUGCAGAGGGCGUGGACCUGACUCAAGCCACCCCCGGGUACCGAUGGCAGAUUGUCCCUAAUGCCAGCUCUCCAUCUGGAUUUUGGUCACAGGAAGGGCAGCCUUUCAGAGCACGGCUCCGUGGGUUCUUUGCGGCCCCAGAGACAAAUAAUUACACGUUCUGGCUCCAGGCCGACCACCAGGCUUCCCUGUAUUUCAGCCGGUCGGAGGACCCGAGGACCAAGGUGAAAGUGGCCUCCCUCAGGGUGGGCACCGCCGACUGGUUUGACUCCUGGGAGCAGAGUGGCAGUGAAGAGAUCUGGCAACAGAAGACGCCCAAGCUGGAGCUGCCCGGGGGAGCCAGGUACUACCUGGAAGCGGAGCACCGAGGGAGAGCUCCCAGCAGGGGCGUGAGGAUCGGGGUCCAGAUCCACAACACCUGGCUGAGUCCCCAGGCGGUCAGCACCUACCUCCGGGAGAAGCACCAGGUCCGAGCCCGGGCCCAGAGGCUUCCGGACAUCCAGAUGCUGACCGUGUCUGGCGCAGGGCACUUCCUCCUCACGUGGGACGAUGUCUCUAGCCGGCCAAUCCCGGCAAAUGCCACAGCCCAUCAGAUUCAAGCAGCCAUUGAGGGGUUACUUGCAGUCAAGUGCGAACUGGACCCCCUUUCGGCAAACAUACUGCUCCGGCUGGGAUUCGAGCAAGGCCCAGAAGGUUCCAGCUUUGAUGGGCACCUCGCCAGUGGGACAGAGCCCUUCUGUGGGAGGUUCAGCCUCUAUCGGCCUCGACACCUUGUCCUCACACCCCCGGCUGCCCAGAAGGGCUACCGGCUGGACCGGUACACACACCUGUGCCUUGCGUACAGGGGCCACGUGGAUGCGAUCCUGAGGGUGACCGUGUCCUUCACAAUCGGCUUUGGAAACACCGUUCAGAAGAACACCACCUGUGACUGGAGACUUGUGGGGACCAGUCCCAUCAGCUGGGAGUUCGCCUGCACUGACCUCCGCGGGACCUGCGUGCAUGACCCCGCGUGUCUCCAGCCGCCUCCAGCAAACUGCCCCGUGCUUGUUCAUGGGAUUGACCUCCUCCCUGUGUCUCCGGGGACGGGCGCGUUCUACGUGGAUGAAGUUAUCAUUGCAGACACGAACCUAACAGUUUCUCAAGCUGACUCUGGAACAGCUCGCCCUGGCGGGAAUCUGGUGGAAGUGCUCUCUGUGGUGGGAUCCCCUCCUGUCUACAACGUCACUUCCUGGUUGGCGGGGUGUGGCCUGGACCUCCCGCUCAUCACUGCAAGCUCUGUGCCCAGUGAAGGAGCAGAGGGAGGAUCCGGGUCUGUCCAGGCGACAACACGGAGACUACAGAGGACAAGUCCACCUUUAGGGGGACACUUCCGCAUCCAGCUUUCCGACACAGUGAUUCCUGGUGUCCCUGUGCACAUUUCAGCCAGUCACCUCCAAAAGCUCUUACAGAACAAUGCCGACGACUUCACAUCCAGGUACCUCAACGUCAGUGACUUCACUGUGACGGAGGAUCUGAAGUCUUGCUACGAACAUGUGUGGACCCUCUCUUGGUCCACCCAGGUUGGGGACUUGCCCAAUUUCAUCAGGGUAUCGGACGAAAACCUGACGGGAGUGAACCCUGUUGUGACCACGCGUGUGGUAUAUGACGGUGGAGUUUUUCUUGGACCCAUAUUUGGAGACAUGUUGGUCACUGCCAAUGAGCACACUCAGGUGGUUGUGCGAGUGAAUGAUGUACCAGCUCAUUGUUCAGGUUCAUGUUCCUUCCAGUACCUCGAGGGGUCGACUCCCCGGGUCCACUCUGUGUGGUAUGACCUAGAUGACAUUGACCUGCUGGUUUAUAUUACCGGAAGCAGUUUCUCUGACGACUCACAGGCCUUGCAGGUUACAGUGAACCAAACGCAUUGCAAAGUUAUUUCCUCAAACCAAACGAAUGUGGUGUGUCGGACAGGCCUGCUGCCCGUGGGGGUGCAUCGCAUCUCAGUGUUGGUGAGACCUUCUGGUCUUGCCAUCAGCGCCAGUGGAGGAGGCCUCUUCCUAAAUGUGGAGCCCAGGCUGGACGCUGUGGAGCCUUCCAGAGCUGCAGACACUGGAGGGCUCUGGGCCACCAUCCGAGGCUCCGGUUUGGAAGAUGUGAGCCUGGUGUUGUUCGGAUCUCAGCCUUGUGCCGUCAACGUCACCACAAGCCAUUCGCGAAGAAUUCAAUGCAAAGUUCCACCCAGGGGGAAGGAUGGACCUAUUGUGAAUGUGACUGUGAUCAGAGGGGACCACUCUGUGGUUCUUCCCACGGCAUUUAUAUACGUCUCCUCUUUAAAUCCAGUAAUCACGUCUCUCAGCAGGAACAGAAGCAACGUAGCAGGAGGUGAGACCCUUUCCAUUGGAAUGAUGCUUCCCGCGAACCACACGGAUUUGGAUGCAGAAGUCCACAUCGGGGAUACCAGGACUCCGGUUCGAGAGCAGACGGCCCAAGGCCUGGAGGUGGUGCUUCCCCCGCUGCCCGCCGGGCUCCACAGAGUCUCAGUCUCCAUCAGUGGGGUCCACAUUCGCGCACCAGGGGUUGAUCUUCACAUCCAGUACCUCACAGAAGUCUUCAGCAUCCAGCCUUGCUGUGGGUCCCUGCUGGGUGGAACCAUCCUCAGCCUCUCAGGAGUAGGGUUCAGCCGGGACCCAGCUCUGGUUUGGGUGCUUGUGGGCAAUCGGUCCUGUGACAUUGUGAACUCCACAGAGACGAACAUCUGGUGUGAGACCCCGCCAGCCCCGCUGCUGCCUGGUGCCCCAGCGCCUGUGGAGGUCUGGGCUGGCAGGCGGCCCUCCCCCAGCGGACCUCCGCCAAGCCUGGUGGGGGAGGGCUUCACCUUCAUGUACGAAGCGGCAGCAACACCAGUGGUCACUGCCAUGCGAGGAGAAAUCACGAACCAUGGCCUGAGGCUCUCUGUGGUGGGACGUAAUCUCUCCAAUUCGGUAGUCCUCCUGGGGGGCUUGAGCUGUGAUCUUGAGACCCAGUCUUCCGGGACCCACAUGAUCCUGUCUGGGUGCGACUUUCCGCUUCCCAGUUUGGAGGCGGGCAUCUAUCCUCUCCGAGUCCGUCAGAAGCACAUGGGGUUUGCUAACAUGUCUGCGGUGCCCCAGCAAUUUGUGGUGACACCUCGGAUCACGGCCGUCUUCCCCACGCGUGGGUCUGCUUGUGGAGGGACAGUGGUCACGGUGAGGGGCUUGGUUCUCAACUCCAGCAGGAGGUCAGUUCAGGUUGACCUUUCAGGACCUUUCAUUUGUGCGAUGUUGAGUCUGGGGGACCAGGCGGUCAUCUGCCAGGUUGCCCUGGUGGGUGACUCCUUGCCUGGGGCUUCCUUCAACCUGAAUGUCACCCUGAAUGUCACCGUGCUGGUUAAUGGGCUACCCAGCGAGUGUCAGGGGAACUGCACCCUUUUCUUGAGAGAAGAGAUGACUCCUGUCGUGGACGCCUUGACCAUCAACAGCAGUGGGUCUCUGACCAUGGUGCUGAUUAGGGGCCGGCGGUUAAGCACUGCGGCUGAUGCCCCAGUGGUGCUGGUAGCUGAUCGCCUCCCUUGCUUUGUAACUUUCUUUAAUAUGAGCCACGUGACAUGCUGGAUAAAGGACUUGGCUCCAGGACCUCACUACCUAUCAGUUUUUCAUGCAAGAUACGGUUAUGCUUGUUUUGGUAACGUUUCCAGAGACUUCCAUGUUUUACCUCAAGUGUUUCACUAUUUCCCCAAGAAUUUCAGCAUCCAUGGUGGAAGCCUCUUGACCAUGGAGGGCUCAGCCCUGAAGGGACGGAACACCACGUUGGUCUAUGUCGGCCGGCAGGCCUGCCUGAUGGUGAACCUUGGCUCUGAGGUCUUCCGGUGCAUGGUCCCUGCAGGGAAUGGAUCUGUGGCCCUGGACAUAGAGGUGGACGGACUUUCAUACCAGAUGGGCAUCAUUGGUUACAGCGAUGCCUUCACCCCUGAAUUGCUCUCUGUUUCUCAGACUGAUGACAUCUUAACCUUUUCGGUGGCCCGGAUCUCAGAAGCUGCGAACGUUGACAUUUUUAUCGGGAUGUCACCCUGCGUGGGUGUCUCUGGCAACCAGACUGUUCUCCAGUGUGUGGUCCCGUCCCUUCCUGCCGGGAGGUACCAAGUCCGGGGUUAUGACCGUACGAGAGGGUGGGCCUCAUCUGACCUGAUGUUCACAUCCAGAGUUACCGUGACAGCAGUGACUGAGAACUUCGGCUGCCUGGGUGGAAGGCUCGUGCAUGUGUUCGGAGCAGGAUUUUCUCCCGGGAACAUCUCAGCUGCCGUGUGUGGCGCUGCCUGCCAAGUCUUGGCUAACGCGACCGUGUCUGCCUUCAGCUGCUUGGUUCCGCCUCUGAAUGUGUCCUUGGCUUUCCUGUGUGGCCUGAGGCAUGAGGAGGAGACCUGCGAGGCCUCCAGCUCCAGCUACGUGCAGUGUGAUUUGACCGUCGCUGUGGGAACAGAGAGGCUGCCUGGGUCCUGGCCUUACUUCUACGUUUGUGAAGAGAGUGCCCGAUGCUUCUUUGCACAAGAUCCUUGGACAGAGUCAGCCUUUCCGUUGUUCUCAGGCCUCUUGAUCAGCCCUAAAGUGGAAAGAGAUGAAGUUCUCAUCUAUAAUAGCUCCUGUACCAUUACCAUGGAAACUGAGGCAAAGAUGGAGUGUGAGACGUGUAAUCAGCCAAUUACCGCCAAGAUUACUGAGAUACGGAAAAGCCGGGGCCAGAACACUCAGGGCAACUUUUCCUUACACUUCUGCGGGAGGUGGUCCAGGGCUCACAGCUGGCUUGCCGGCAGACGGCCACAAGAGGGCGACAACGUCACGGUGGAGAAGGGCCAGGUGCUCCUGCUGGACACCAACACCAGCAUCCUCAACUUCCUGCACGUGAAAGGAGGCAAGCUGGUCUUCCUGGGCCCAGGACCCGUGGAGCUCAGGGCGCACGCCAUCCUUGUUUCUGAGGGUGGAGAGCUCCGGGUCGGAUCCGAGGACGAGCCCUUCCAAGGCAAAGCUCACAUCAGACUCUACGGGAGUUCGCACUCUGCUGCCUUCUUUCCCUAUGGAGUCAAGUUCCUGGCGGUGAGGAAUGGCACGCUUUCCCUACAUGGUUCGCUCCCAGAGGUAGUGGUCACCCAUCUUCGAGCAGCUGCCCGUGCCCAGGACACAGUGCUGGCCCUGGAAGACGCGGUGGACUGGCACCCUGGGGAGGAGGUCGUCAUCCUCAGCAGGGCGGGUGCCCAAGGUGCCAAGCCCACAGAAGAGACUGUCAUCGUGGACACAGUGCACCAUGCAGACCUCCAUCUGAGGUCACCCUUGAGAUAUUCCCACAAUGCCACAGAGAACUGGGUGGCUGGAGAGCGCCGUGUUUUAAAGGUCAUGGUGGUGCUACUCAGCAGAAGUGUCACCAUCCAGGGAAACGUCACGGACGAGAGGGGGAAGCUCCUUGCUUCCUGCCCGGGAGCCGAGGCUUCAGAAGGUAACCUGCAGGACUGUUUGUAUUCCAAGAGUGAGAAGGUGCUGGGAUCCAGAGAUCUGGGGGCCAGAGUCAUCAUUCAGUCCUUCCCCGAGGAGCCCAGCCAGGUCCAGUUACAGGGAGUGCAGUUCCGGGACUUGGGGCAAGCCUUCUGCAAGCACGGGAGCUCGCUGACUCUGGCGGGAGCUCUGAGAGGUUCCUAUAUGCAGGGCUGCACAGUGCGGUGUUCCUUCAGCAGAGGCCUCAGCAUGUCCAGGACCUCGGGCCUGAGGGUGGACAGCAAUGUGUUCUACAAUAUUUUAGGCCACGCACUGCUGGUGGGUGCAUCUCCCGAGAUAAGGCAUAUCCCUUGGGAGGUCAUUCCUGGAGGAGAAAAUGACUGGUCAGAACAAGGAAAUGUGAUAAGAAACAAUGUGAUCAUCGAUGUCUCUGGCGCCGAGGGGCUCUCCAGUCCUGAAAUGUUGGCACCCUCUGGUAUCUACAUCCGUGAUCCCACCAAUGUUGUGGAGGGAAACAGCGUGUGUGCUGCUGGUUAUGGCUACUUCUUUCAUCUUGUGACCAACCAGACGUCCCGAGCGCCACUUCUCUCCUUUACCCGCAAUAGCGCACGUUCUUGUACCAGGUGUGGUCUCUUUGUCUACCCUAAAUUUCAGCCACCGUGGGAUCCUUGUGCUGGCCCCGCCCUGUUCCAAAAUUUCACGGUUUGGGGAAGCGCAGGAGGUGCCCAGAUUUUUAGAAGUAGCAAUCUUCACCUGAAAAACUUCCAGGUUUAUGCAUGCAGAGAUUUUGGAAUUGACGUCUUGGAAAGUGAUGCGAAUACUUCAGUCACUGACAGCUUGUUACUUGGUCAUUUUGCUCAUGAGGGAAGCCAGUGUAUGUCAGCUGGGAUCAAAACUCCCAGAAGGCGGGAACUGAGAGUAUCUAACACAACGUUUGUGAAUUUUGAUCUCACUGACUGUGUGGCCGUCAGGACCUGUUCGGGCUGUUCCCGAGGACAGGGUGGGUUUACCGUGAAGACCAGCCAGCUGAAGUUUACCAACUCUCCAAACGCAGUAGCAUUUCCAUUUCCUCAUGCAGCAGUUUUGGAAGACUUGGAUGGGUCUCUGACCGGGAAAAAUGGACGUCACGUUCUUGCUUCCAUGGAAACCCUUUCAGCUUCUUGUUUGGUCAGUGACAGCUUCAGUCAGCUGGUCCACGGCAGCGUCUGUGAGGAAAACGUGCGCUUUCAUCGGAUGUCUAUUGGCUUAGCCAAUGCCCCGAAACUUUCUUAUGAUUUAACCAUAACGGACAGCGGGAACAAGACCACCACUGUCAGUUAUGUGCACGACACACUGUCUAACCCUAAUGGCUGGAUGGCCCUGCUCCUGGAUCAAGAGACCUACUCACUGCGAUUUGAGAGCCCUUGGACCAACAACAGCUCUCUGCAGUACUCCGCAACAUUUGACAGCUUUGCUCCCGGAAAUUACCUGCUGUUGGUGCACAGAGACAUGUGGUCUUAUCCUGACAUCCUUUUAAAGUGUGGGAGUCGUGUGGGGCGGGCCCUUCCGUCUCUCCCAUCACCUGAUCAGGACCAAGGCUGUGACUGGUUCUUUGAUAGCCAAUUGAGACAGCUCACCUAUCUGGUUUCAGGUGAAGGCCAAGUUCAAGUGAGUCUCCAGGUGAGGGAAGGUGUGUCCCCAACUAUUUCAGCUUCUACCUUGGCACCUGAAUCGAUUUUAAAGUGGUCCCUCCCUGAAGCGUGGGAAGGUGUGGAAGAGGGCUGGGGAGGACACAACGGUACCAUUCCAGGCCCUGGGGAUGACGUCCUGAUUUUACCCAACAGGACUGUCCUUGUGGAUACAGAUCUUCCGUGGCUCAGAGGCCUGUAUGUGACGGGGACUCUGGAAUUCCCUGUGGACAGAAGCAACGUCCUGAGCGUGGCGUGCAUGGUCAUCGCAGGUGGGGAGCUGAGAGUCGGUACUUUAGAAAAUCCUUUAGAAAAAGAGAAAAAGCUUCUGAUUCUCCUUAGAGCUUCGGAGGGAGUCUUCUGUGACCGUUUCAAUGGAAUUCGUGUUGAUCCAGGAACAAUUGGGGUGUUUGGGAAAGUUCAACUUCAUAGUGCUUAUCCGAAGAAAUCCUGGACACGUCUUGGGGCUGACAUCGCCUCAGGCAAUGACAGUAUUAAAUUCAAGGGCCAUCAUAUCAGGAUUCAUGAACGGCUCAAACACCGGCACAUUGGAAGCGUCCACGUGAUGGAGGAUGGCCGAUCUGUUCGUCUGGCUGCUGAGGUUGGACUUUUGACCCGGAAUAUACAAAUCCAGCCUGAUACAGCGUGUGGGGGGAGACUGCUCGUGGGGUCCUUCAGGAAGUCCAGCAUGGAAGAAAUUUCAGGUGUCCUUCAACUUUUCAAUGUGGAAAUUCGGAACUUGGGGUCGCCGUUGUAUUCAUCCAUCGACCUCACCAACGUGUCGGCAGGAUCCUGGAUAAUAUCUUCGACUCUGCACCAAAGCUGCGGUGGGGGCAUUCGUGCAGCGGCCAGUCGUGGGAUCAUUUUAAAUGACAAUCUAGUGUUUGGCACAGUGGGCCAUGGCAUUGAUUUGGAGGGUCAGGACUGUUCUCUCUCCAAUAACCUUGUGGUUCUCAUGACACAGUCAGCAUGGUCUACUGUGUGGGUGGCAGGAAUCAAAGUGAAUCAGGCCAAGGACGUCCACCUCCAUGGCAACGUUGUGGCAGGGUCAGAGAGACUUGGGUUUCACAUCCGGGGCCACAGGUGCUCCUCUCCCGAAGCUCUUUGGUCUGACAACGUGGCGCACUCAUGUCUUCAUGGCCUUCAUCUCUAUCAGGAGUGUGGACCUGACAACUGUACCAGUGUCUCUGGCUUCUUGGCUUUCAAGAACUUUGACUAUGGUGCCAUGCUGCGUGUGCAGAACAGCGUGGAAGUAGAGAACAUCACUCUGGUGGACAAUACUGUUGGCCUUUGGGCAGCAGUGUAUGUGUCUUCUGCUCCACAGUGUUACAUCAGAAACAUACAGAUUGUGCUGAGGAAUUCAGUCCUUGUGGCCACAAGCUCAUCUUUUGACUGCAUUCAGGACAGAGUCAAGCCCCGCUCUGCCAACGUGACCUCGGCGGAUCGAGCUCCUUCCAAUCCCAGAGGGGGUCGAGUUGGUCUUUUGUGGCCUGUGUUCACCUCUGAACCACAUCAGUGGCCUCGGGAGUCGUGGCACAAAGUGAGGAGUGGCCGUUCCAUUUCAGGCAUCAUAAAACUUCAAGAUGUGACCUUUUCUAGUUUUCUGAAGAGUUGCUAUAGCGAUGAUCUAGAUGUCUGUAUCCUGCCCAAUGCAGAGAACACUGGAAUCGUGCAUCCAAUAACAGCAGAGAGGACCAGGAUGCGAAAGAUCAAAGAUAAAAACAAAUUCUACUUUCCUCCUUUACAAACCAGGAAAGAUUUAGAAACACUGAUCUGCUCUGAACCAGAUUGCGAAAGCCCCAGAAGAUAUCUCUUUAAGGAUCUGGAUGGGAGAGCCCUGGGUCUACCUCCACCAGUUUCUGUAUUUCCUAAAACCGAGGGGGAAUGGACUGGAUCCUUCUUCAACACAGGCACAUUCAGAGAAGAGCAGAAAUGCACAUACCGACCCCCGAUACAAGGCUACAUCUGCAAACAGACCGACCAUGUGAUCUUAAUUCUUGAAAGUGAUGAAGCCACCUGGACCACACAGACUUUCUAUCCAGUUGUGUCUGUGACUAGUGGUUUUGUUGACACCUUCAGUAGCGUAAAUGCCAACACUGCCUGUUCCACUUCGGGGUCUGUGUCGAGUUUCUAUUCCAUCCUACCCACCAAGGAAAUCACCAAGGUCUGCUUUGUGGAUCGGACUCCUCAAGCUUUGCGUUUUUUUUUACUGGGUAACAAAAGUACCUCCAAGCUCCUCUUGGCUGUGUUCUACCAUGAACUCCAGAGCCCCCGUGUUUUCUUAGGGGAAAGAUUCAUUCCACCCACUCUGCUUCAGUCAACUUCUUCACUGCUGAAUGAGUCUAUUGGUUCCAACUAUUUCAGCAUCCCGGAUAACCUCUUAUAUGUUGUCCUGCAAGGAGAGGAGCCCGUUGAAAUACGCUCUGGUGUUUCCAUUCACUUGGCGCUCACUGUGAUGUUUUCAGCCCUAGAAGAAGGCUGGGAAAUCAUGAUCCUUGAAAGACUAACUGACUUCUUGCAGGUGAGCCAAGACCAGAUCAGAAUUCUUCAUGACAUGCCUGGUGAUGAAGCAACCUUAAAGGCCAUCGCUGACAGUAGAGCCAAGAGAAAGCGCACUUGUCCGACAGUGACCUGUGCCAGUCUUGACAGAGUUGGUCAGCGUAGACCUCUCAUGAUGGAAGAGAGCUCAUAUCGGGUCCUGCCACCAACCACUGUGGAAACUCUCUCAAAAGUGGUGGUCAUUGAAAUUGGAGAUCUGCCAACAGUACAGAGCCCUGGACUGACUCCAUCCUUAUCCAGUAACAAAUUACGGAGUUUGGCUCACCAGGUUAUCAGCGCUCAACAGACUGGAGUCCUGGAGAGUGUUCUGAAUACGACUAUCGGGGCCUUACUGGUGACUCAGUCAAAGGGAGUCACUGGCUAUGGAAAUACAAGCAGUUUUAAACCUGGAAACUUGAUAUAUGUCCGCCCCUCUGCUCUUUCGGUCCUGGUCCAGCCUUCCGAUGGGGAAGUGGGAAAAGAACUUGGAGUCCAACCAGAGCUCGUUUUCCUGGAUAAGCAGAAUCGGAGAGUCGAGUCCCUGGGGGCCCCGUCAGAGCCUUGGGCCGUUUCUGUUUCCCUGGAAGGAGCCCCAGAUUCUGUGCUGAGAGGCUGUACUCGGGCAGAAACCCAAGAUGGUUAUGUGAGCUUCUCCAACUUGGCAGUUUUGAUCUCCGGAUCAAAUUGGCACUUUAUUUUCACUGUCACUUCCCCUCCAGGGGUCAAUUUUACAGCUCGCUCCAGGCCAUUUGCUGUCUUAGCUGCGACUCCAUCCGAGAGGUCCACCAUGCUCCUGGCUGCUUCCCUGUGCUCCGUGGUCUCGUGGCUGGCUCUGUGCUGCCUUGUAUGCUGUUGGUUUAAGAAAAGCAAAAACAGAAAAAUAAAAAGUGAAGAGAUUUCUGAAUCUCAGACUAAUGACCAAAAGAAUCAUAUCCAUGUCACAUCCAAAUGCCAAGGACCACAGAUAGAGAUGGAAAAGGAAGGUGCCAGGAUGGCAGAAGAUUUGAGGAUGAAGGUCCUUAGGGGCAGACUGAACCAGCUCCCCCAUCAGUCACUGAAUGGCGUGUCCAGAAGGAAGGGGAGCCGGCUGGUGGUCUGGGAGGAAGGCGGCCGCCAGGCGGAGGCUGCUGCUCCUGCCCCCGGCGUCGCCGGUGUGACGGCGCACGGGAACCCCUGCGCUCCGGGCUCCCCUGCUCAGCAGGUGUACCUGCAGGAGACUGGGAGCUGGAAGGAGGCCCAGGAGCAGUUGCUCAGAUACCAGCUGGCAGGCCAAGAUCAGCUGCUGCUGCUCUGCCGGGACCUCAGACAGGAGAGGCAGCGACUGCAGGGCCAGAGCCGGCUGGACAAGGACACUGUCAGCCUGGGGCUUUCCCAGGAGAAGCCAGCCUCCUGCGGCACCACCGAGGCCUUCUGCCUCCACCCAGUACACCCGGAGGCUGUUCAGGAACAUCUGUGAUCAAGGAGCCAUGGGGACAUAUGGGCUGAAAGUCAUAAUGUCCAAAAUAUUUCUGGAUCAUGAAUGGAGGGAUGACCCCUGACUGGUUUGACAUUAAGGAGGGAGAAUAUGGACUCUGAGUUCUCUGUUUUCAACUUUAAAAUGCAAGACAGUCACUUAAGUGAUUGUAGAUUGAAACAGUAUCUGGUAUGUCUUGUAUUUAUCAUGGAUCCUAGUCCAAUGCCAGACAAAUAAUAGGUUCUCAAAUAUUCGUUGAUUUUUUUCCUUGUUUUUGACUUCAGCUGGUUAUCUUCCUGAUUUUGCCAUCCUAAUUAUGGCAUAAUACUGAUUUAUACCAGUAGAGGGUGCAAUUAAGCUUCCUCUAGGAUCACCACCCACAAUGCUUUGGGCUUCUCUUAUAGAUGGGAUCAUGCAAAGGACUGGUCUGCUACAAUUAUUCCUGCUGUGUUAAAGCAAAACAUUUCUUUCCCUGAUGGGAACAUCUGAAGGAUAGAAGACCCCUCUCCCUGACCUGUCAGAGCUGAUUUUCCAACCACAAGGUGACUGCCUGGCUUUUUCACAAAUUGAUUUUAUUUCAUGGCUUAAAUUAAAUCAUUAUUAGGAGCUCA